AGCUUGGAUGUUGAUAUCAACAUGGCGCUUGUCAGACAGACAAAGGCAGUCAGUCUGGUCUGAUUGAGCCCAAAAGGGAGCAGGAAGAAGUGGGAGGGGUUUUUUCCUUUCCUUGGGGGGUUCAAAGCAAGCAGAGCUUGGGAGUCCGAAGCAAUUCCCCCCCUGGAGCUCCUCUCCAUUUUAUUUUGCAGGAUCCCCUAAAAAAAAAAAGAAAUCUCUUCGCUUUUCCUAUUUGGGAGCCACCCCCAACUUCUGCCUCUAAAUGGUCAAGUGGAGAAAAAAGUAGCCAGAACCAAAACAUCUCAACUGAAAAUGGCAGAUUGACGUGUCAGUGAGAAAUGGCUGUACUAGUUCACACUGCAGAAUGAUAACAAAUACUGAAGACCUCCAAGAGGCUUUCUGACCUUCCUCUCCCCAUGUAAAUUAUGCUGAGAACCUUUCCAGUGGUUCUGCUGGAAACCAUGUUUCACUACACAGAUGAACCCAGAUUCACCAUAGAGCAAAUAGAUCUACUUCAACGCCUGCGGCGUACUGGUAUGACACGCCACGAAAUCCUCCAUGCUUUGGAAACCUUUGACCGUCUUGACCAGGAACAUAGUGACAAGUUUGGGCGGCGGUCUGCCUAUGGGAGUGGAUCCUGUAGUAACAGCACCAACAAUGUUCCAGCGUCUUCCUCUACAGCCACAGCUUCCACACAGACCCAGCACUCUGGGAUGUCCCCAUCUCCAAGCAACAGUUAUGAUACCUCCCCACAACCUUGCACUACCAAUCAAAAUGGGAGGGAGAGUAACGAGAGGUUGUCUGCCUUCAAUGGGAAGAUGUCGCCCACACGGUACCCUCUGGCAAAUAGCAUGGCUCAAAGGUCAUAUAGCUUUGAAGCCUCGGAGGAGGACUUGGAUGUAGAUGAUAAAGUAGAAGAAUUGAUGAGGAGGGACAGCAGCGUGAUAAAAGAGGAAAUCAAAGCCUUCCUGGCCAACCGGAGGAUUUCUCAAGCAGUUGUUGCACAGGUUACAGGCAUCAGUCAGAGUCGGAUCUCCCACUGGCUGUUGCAACAGGGAUCAGACCUGAGUGAACAAAAGAAAAGGGCCUUUUACCGAUGGUACCAGCUUGAGAAAUCAAAUCCAGGGGCUACAUUAAGCAUGAGACCAGCCCCUCUUCCAGUUGAAGAGCCAGAAUGGAGACAGACGCCUCCGCCAGUCACAGCUACCUCUGGGACUUUCCGCUUGCGACGUGGCAGUCGGUUUACCUGGAGAAAGGAAUGUUUGGCUGUCAUGGAAAGCUACUUCAAUGAGAAUCAAUAUCCUGAUGAGGCCAAGAGAGAAGAAAUUGCAAAUGCCUGUAAUGCAGUUAUUCAAAAGCCAGGAAAGAAGCUGUCAGAUCUGGAGCGAGUUACCUCCCUCAAAGUGUACAAUUGGUUUGCCAAUAGAAGGAAGGAAAUCAAGCGGCGAGCCAAUAUUGAAGCAGCAAUCCUGGAGAGUCAUGGGAUAGAUGUACAAAGCCCCGGAGGCCACUCCAACAGUGACGACGUAGACGGAAAUGACUAUUCAGAGCAGGAGUCUUGGCAAGUACGCAAUGGGGAGGAGGAGGGAAGAUGUACAGAGGGAGGCAGAGAAGCAGAGAAGUUAGAAGAAGACAGGAGGAUCUGCUCAAAACAAGAUGACAACACUAGCCAUAGCGACCACCAAGACCCUAUCUCACUAGCCGUGGAGAUGGCAGCGGUAAAUCACACCAUUCUGGCGUUGGCCCGGCAAGGAACCAGCGAGAUCAAAACAGAGGCCCUGGAUGAUGACUGAUGACGCGAUGGAGGGGGAGGGCUCCCAGAUGAGAAAGUAACUUAGUUUUAGACGUAGCACCUUAGCAGCCUUUUUCCUGGUCCCUAAUAUGUGUCCUUCUUUACAAUAUAACUUUGCAGUCUCUUGUACGUCAAGUUUGCCGUUUAGGGUCUUGUCCUGUGAAGAUGGCAUGGUGCCCUCUGACUCUGCAUAUAAACUCUCAGUAUUAAUUCCCAGUCAGAUAAUUAACCAAGCCGACUGACCUCCCUCUCCCAGUGCUCCCAUCCCUCAGCUAGAUGAAAACCUUUGCUGCUCUGUCUUUAGCAUUCCAUGAACGUGCUUCCAGGUGUCGUAGGCAGCCCUCGAUUCCAAGCCUUAGGCUAAAUCUGUAGAAGAAGAAAAAAACCCGUACAAACUUGGAUUAUCCUUCAGACUUCCUGGUGUUAACACUUUUUUUAAUUUCCUCUUGUUAUUGUUACAAAACCAAAAGGAGACAAUGGAGAUUCAGUGGUUUAGAGGAAAAUGGGUUGAGAGGUUGGACAGAGAACAGGGUAAUGAUGAAUCUCAGAUCUGUUGUGAACGUCUUGUUACCAGGUGCCAAUAAGGUGGGCCUCCCUUGGCAGUGCAGCAAUAUCCUCUUUACUGCUUUUCCAUAGGAUGAGUACCCUGGCUGGCUGGGAAGGAGAAGGGGAAAGUCCACCAGCUUCUUUUGAUUGAUGUUUGCUGCUGACGUGGUCAGCAUAAACUUCCUCUUUUCUUUGCAAAUUGUGUUAUGGGAGGAACGAAGCAUUUCCCGCCUCCCUUCAAUUCUUAAGUAUCCCCAGUUAGGCCAAAGUUUCCAUCUAUAGAAGAAGCUGUGUCUCUGAAUGAGACCCACUGUGGCUGUGUUCCUUCCAAUAAGUGGUCAAUAAGGCUGAGGGUGGCUAAGGAAUGAUGUAGGCGUGAUUGGAUCAUUCACAAUUCUUUUAUCAGUUUAGUCAUAAGUGAGCCCCGACAAGUUCAUUAACGUUUAAACCCACACAAUGCAAUUAUAUUCUCAGACAGCCCUAUGAAAAAUUCCUACUCUUGGAAAAGACAUGAUUUAUAUAUGAAGAUAGGAUGAGCAUUGAUGGAAGUGAAUAAGUUAUUUUUACACACACACACACACACACACACACACACACACACACACACUGAUGAAACAUGUGAAGUAGCUCUCCAGUUCAGACUAUAAUCAGAAGUUGCAGAUAACUUGGGUUGAAAAGUUGGUAAUCGCUCACUUCCUUACUCCAAAGUAUGGUGCACUCUAGGGAAGAAGUAACUCCUACUUAUCCCUCCUCACUAGUUACAGAAAAUAUGCAUACAUGUAAAUUUUCAUUAUUUGCAUAGUAGAGAGUGCAGUGAUCCCUAUCUAUUGUCUGGUGUUGUCUCUCCAAGAUAGCACAUCAUGAUGCUUCUUAUUUCUCUAAACUAGCCAUGCAUUCUUUGUCUCUCUUUGUUCUGUUCUGUUCUUCAGCGGCUGGAAAGCUGUACCUGUCUGAGCAGGUUAACUAAUUCUUGGAAGCCAUAUUUCAGCAGGAACUAGAUGUUGCCACGAGCCAAGGAUUUAGUGGCUCUCGUGCUCCUGGGAAAAAGGAUUAUUUUUUUACUUUCCUAUCGUUAGGGUAAUCUGAGAUUGGAUUCAGAUAUUGGCUAUCUAGGAAAUUAGAAUUAGGGAUUACAUACUGAUGGAAUGUGAGAUGAAUUUACUUCUAUAUAGCAAAAAGAAAAAUUAAUCAAAUUUGAGGAGGGUUUUUUUUGGUUCGUUUGUCUUGAUCAUAUGUAGCACUUUGGUAUUUUUUUCCUUAUCUAAAUAUAUAUAUAUAUAUUUGUAUUUUGAGCAUUUUUAAAAGAAUAAAUAUCAUUGGAUAAAUCAACAAUAACAUGCUAUAAGCUCAUGUUACAGUCAUCCAAUAAUAAACCUUGAACAUUUUCCAUGAGGAACAUCUCUGAUGAAAUGGACCUGGCCGAAUAACACCAGGUGAUUCUCCUGAGCAAGUUGUUUUGAAAUGAAGGAAGCGGGGAUGUGAUUGAAAAGCAUUCCCAAGACGUAUCUUUAGCAUGUGGUUUUUCUCUUUCUUGUGCUCUUUUCACCUUCCCCUUAUUUCAAUGUUCACAGAAAUUCUUCUCCAUUCAUUGUGCCCUUUGAGUUGCCUGUGCAUUGGUGAACAACUAGUAUACUUCAGAAUGAAACUGACACAUGGACAGUCCCAUGAUAUAGUCCCUGCUGGGGCCAUGGCUCCUAAUGUUUGGAAAUGUGCUUUGUCUGUGGCCUUGUUCCCACCUGUGCUUUGCCAAGGCAGAUGAUAGAAAUUUAUAGAGGAAUGGCCAAAGUCUUCAGAAUGUUGGAAUACGUCAUGCUGUUCCUGAAAUUUACAGGCCCUUUGCUCAUUUUGGUAUGGGCAAUUGGGUGGGCAGUUGUGCCAUUUUCUAGUCUAGUACUUUAUUUGUAGUCAUGGUUUCUCUCUUUCUUUGCGUAUAUCUUGAAUUCUCUCAGAAGUCAUUAAAGAAGUCAUAAAGAGGGAGUAUCUGCCAAGAUGCUGUUGCUUCAUGUAGUAUGGUACCUACUAACUCCAGUAACUGCAUAGAUAGGACUUAGCUAUAUAAUUACUAGGCAGAAAUUUUGAAAAUAGAUUGAUAUGAAUACAUUUUGAAAAAGUGAUUGGCCAUAAGGAAAAAUGUAAUGCCAUCUUUUCAAGGGGCUGGAGCAGCUCUCUACUAUUUGACUUCUGCUUUCUUAUGCUGGCCAGACUAUCUAGAUAGUGUGACUUACUCAUCGGCUCUGAAGUAAAGAAAUAUCAUUUCCAUCAAGUGAUCUUUCUGAGCAUAAUCACUAAGGCUGAACUGGAACCCUUCUACAUAUGUCCUCUAUUUCCCUCAGUGGAUUGAGGGCAGGGGCUAGUUACAACCAUGUUUCCCUGAAAAUAAGACUGGGUCUUAUAUUAAUUUUUGCUGCCAAAAACU